CUUCCUGUCUGUCUUCCUUUCUUAUGCUUGUCGCUCUCAUCAACUGAUCUACUCACAUACUGGCUAGAGCCAUUAAUCUUUCCACUGAAUUGAAUCUCAUUCCAUGACCCCCGUACUCUGCCUGCCCGCUGAGGACUAGCAAGGCUGCUCUGCCCAGCCCCCACCGCGACACCAUGUGGAACGACGAGGAUAACAACCCGUACGGCGCAUUCGACACUGAGGCGCAUCUGUCGGAAUCCUUGCAUUCAGCAAAUCUCUCUCCUCCUCUCUACGAUCGCGAAUACACCCCUCCGUCUCCCUCUAGCCGCUCGUCCACCCAAGACCCACCGGAUUUCCUUUCGCAACAACAAGACUUAAGCGACGAGGAUGAUCAUGGAGCUUAUACCACCCAGCACACCGGCCAAGGAUACAUGCGCAAGAACGUCUACGACAGCCGGAUAGAGCAGAUUCUGUACGAGAAUCCGGAGAUGCCGAUCCUCAUCACCGAGGCUGGGAAGAACCAUGAGGGCGGAGGGAGCUUCAUUGUCUACACGAUACGCACGGGAGAUCUCGAGGUCCGGAGACGAUACUCGGAAUUCGCAUCGCUGCGCCAAACCCUCGUCAAUCUUCAUCCCACCCUCGUCGUUCCGCCGAUUCCGGAGAAGCACACCAUGGCAGACUACGCCGCCAAACCCACCAAAGCCAAAGAAGACACUGCGAUCAUCGAUCUUCGGAAACGAAUGCUGGCCGUCUUUCUGAACCGAUGUCGUCGGAUGAAGGAGAUUCGUGAAGAUGGAGUCUGGUGGAGGUUCCUGGACCCCAAUGUCAGCUGGAGCGAAGUACUUCAUUCUCACCCCGCAUCUUCAGUCCCCAAAAACAACCUCAAAGCUCCCCCUCUCGAUCCUGCCAACCCCACACCCGCUCAUGCUUGGCUACCGGUACCCGCGGCCUCGGCGAAGCUCAAGUCGGCGUCUGGGACUGCUCCAUCCGGCACCCCGAACGAUGCUCCAAGUCAAGAUGUUCUCGGUCGCUUCCCACCCGAGUCGCGAAAAUUGAGCGAGAAGGAGCUGGACCCCUACUUCAUCAAUUUCGAAGCCUCAACCCGUGAGCUGGAGCUGCUUCUCCAGGGUAAUAUCGAAAAGGUCAACCGCCGGACUCUUGCUCACUUGUCGUCCUUAUCGGCCGACUUGAUGGAGCUAGGGGCACGGUACAAUGGUUUCUCUUUGUCAGAGCAGUCUCCGACUGUGGCAGCUGCUAUCGAACGAGUGGGCCAGGCAGCGGACACGUCUUAUAUCGAGACGGAGGAGCUUUCCGCCGCUUUGAGCGCGAGCUUCGCAGAGCCUAUGCGUGAGAGCGCGCAGUUCGCUAGCGUAGUACGCAGCGUUCUGCGGUAUCGAGUCCUCAAGCGAGUACAGGAGGAAAUGACUCGAGAUGAACUGGCUAAGAAGAAGGCAUUGCUCGAGUCACUUGAGCGCAGUGAAAUGGAAGCACAGCGGAUUGAGCAAUAUUUGAACCGCUCCACGCCCCAGAGUGCCACGACGAGGACCCAACGGUCGCUGUCGGCCUCGUCGGCCGCCAGUGCUCCUGGUGGGCCUGAAAAUGAAGGCCGCCCUGCCAGCCACGAAGACAAUGCUUCGGUGGACUCGGACUUUCCCCCCACUCAUGGCGAGUCGAUCAGCUCGCAUCCCUCGGCACCUCAAGCCGCCUCGCACCGCCGUCCGGACUUUGGCCCGCCGUCGCCUCCCGCACACCGCAAGACGUCUAGUGGCACUUUUGUGGCCAACAAGAUCUUUGGUCGCAUCAGUCAUGCGGUCCAUGGGUUUGUGGAUGUCGACCCCGAACGGACUCGUCGCGAUCAGAUAGGCAAGACGAAAGAGAGUUUGCAGCAGCUCGAGCAAGCCUUAACAGUGUCCGAAAAAGAUGUGAAAGACGCGAGCGCAGGGGUGUUACAAGAUCUGAAACGCUUCCAGAAAGAUCAGGAGAUGGAUCUUCGUCGAUAUAUGGUUGCCUAUGCGCGGUGUCACUUGGACUGGGCGCGAAAGAAUUUGGAGACGUGGACAGAGGCGAAAGACGAGGUGGAGAAGAUCGAAGUGCGGUAGUCAUCGGUGUUGGUCUGCGGUUUGGCGCAGCGUUGAGAAGGGAAAGCGCUGGGCGUUGGUGUUUAUGAUUUAGAAAUGUUCGGAGAUUCGCCAUUAGGGCCUUUGGUGGCU